AUGGAGGGAAUUGUCGAAAGUCAAGAAGGGCCUAUCAAGAUUAUUAUCGUCGGCAGCGCGGCUGGCGGGAUGUCAGCAGCCCUUCGAGCGCGACGACUGGAUGAGAAAGCCUCCAUCAUUCUGAUUGAAAAAGGUUCCUACACUAGUUACACAAACUCUGGAGUACCUUCUUCGCUAGGAGGAUUGAUCGAAACAGACACCUUCCUCAUUCGCCAAUCACCGGCGGGCUUGAAAGAUCGAUUCAAUCUGGACGUUCGAGAUCGUACCGAAUUAGUCAGUAUCUCGAGGGAGCAGCAUUCGAUUCUAGUCAGGCAGUCGGACACAGGUGAUACCUAUUACCUCUCGUACGAUAAAUUGAUACUCGCUCAAGGAGCUCGUCCCAUCACACCUACCGUACAGGGCAUUGAUGGAGCAAGUGUUUUCUCCUUCCAAACUAUGUUGGGCCUGGAACAAAUCAAGCGUUAUAUUGCCGAUAAUCGUUGCACAUCCGCCGUGAUUCUAGGCGGUGGAUAUCUCGCUCUAAAGGCUGUGGAGAGUCUUUACAACUUCGGGCUUCGUAUGAGCAUUAUACACGUCCACGAGCGCAUUUGUGAAGACUUCGACCCUGAUAUUGGGAACUUCGUGCAAUCAGAACUCAGGAAAAAUGGCAUUCAGCUCUAUUUAAACGCAAGGGUUCGCAAUAUUGCCCACGAUACAAUUGAUGAAGGAUGUUCCGCGAUAUUGGACAACGAAGCCCAUGUUCCUGCCGAUCUUAUCGUUGUAGCUACUGGACUCACUCCUCGCAUCGAAAUCGCAAAAGAAUCUGGCCUUGAAUGCAGAACUGGAGUUGUGGUCAAGCAGUUCAUGCAAAGCAGCGAUCCUGAUAUAUACGCUGUCGGUGACAUAGCACAGAAAGAGGAUUUUAUUUCGCCUACACCACGAAUGUUACCUCUCGUUGGCCCAGCUACCCAGCAGGGUCGGCUUGCAGCUGAUCACAUAAUGAAACGCGCACUUCCUUAUCGCGGUGAUAUCGGUACAUAUAGCUGCAAAGUGCCUCACCUGACCGCAGCUAUCAUAGGACUUUCGGUGGAGCGACUCAGGGAAAUCGGCUACUAUCCUCAGUCAGUGACGGUCCACGUUCCCGACCGCGCAGGCUAUUAUCCUUCAUCUCAACAGAUGACUCUGAAAGUAUCUUUCCAACCAACAGGUGGACGCCUGUUAGGCGCUCAGAUCAUCGGCCGCUCGGGGGUAGAUCAGCGCAUUGAUGUACUUUCCACAGCCUUCCAAGCCGGGAUGUCUAUUUUCGACCUAGAGCUCCUUCAAUUAUCAUACGCGCCCCAAUAUGGUUCGGGAAAAGACCCAGUGAAUGUCGUUGGGAUGGUAGGAAGUAACUUGCUUCGAGGAGACCUCCAUAUUGUCUCACCUAGUGACCUGGACGGUCACUUACAUGAUUAUCAAAUCAUUGAUGUGCGAUCUACCGAAAACUUUGCCAAAGGUCAUAUUCCAUCAGCUCGGAAUAUUCCCAUUGACGAACUGCGUGAAAGUCUGAGAGAUAUCGACAAUGAGCGUCCUGUCGUUGUCUACUCUAGAGUGGGAUAUCAUGGCUACCUUGCCUAUCGGACUAUGGUACAAUUAGGAUACAAAGUCGCUAAUCUGGAUGGAGGAUUAAAACUAUUUGUGGAAGGGGGGUUUGGAAUAGGCCUCGUAUCUUCCGGAUCUGACUGA